AUUUCCACUGUUACUUUGUUUCAUUUACGUCUUUGCGCUUACAGUAUCCAUUUCAGCCCACGCCAUCAGAGUGUACCCCCAAUGGCGACCCUUCAACCAGAAAACGGCCAGAUGCCCGAAGAAGAAGGUCCCAGAACUCCCGUUGAGGAUACAGAUCCUAGUGUUCCUUCAGAAACGAUUGAAAAAUAUCCUAUUCAAGCUACAGAUCACAGUGUUUCCACUAAAGGUGUUUCAGAUCUCCUAAUACAGGAUACGACAACUGUUAACCUGGAACAUUUAACUUCAACUCUUCAAACGACAAGACAGCCUGAAGAGAAUGACAGCCGGCACACUGAAGAAGAAUGUUUAUCAGAAGAAGAUCUGAAAGACAGUAAAUCGUGUACAGACUGUUCAGAAACUACACAUAAACAUUCAUCAUUGUGCAUCUCUCCUCCUUGUAUCGGUGACUUGAUGAACGAUGAAGAUUUACUGUAUACACUGAGGUUAAAGUUGGAUCCAUACCACCCAACUAUCAAAAACUGGAGGAACUUUGCCAGCAAGUGGGGCAUGACCUAUGAUGAACUUUGCUUUUUGGAACAGAAACAACAGAGCCCUACCUUGGAGUUUUUGUUGAGGAACAGUGAACAAACGGUAGCACAGCUAAUUGACCUGUGCAAAUUUUACAAGAGGGUGGAUGUGUUAAAAGUACUGGAGACAUGGGUGGAGAAAGAGUGGCCAAAGCAGUGGCAUACAAAAUCAAAUAAACCUUGAAAAAAUUAAGAAUUUGUAGUACAAUUUCCAGUUGUAAUCAUUUCACUUACAAUUCAAUUUCUUUUCUGUCACUUUAUGUUCAAAUUGUGUCAUAGGUUGAGAGAGGGCUCCUGAAAGUUCUGAAGUUUUAGCAGAUUUAAGUUUUGGGAGAAAUUUGUGGGCAACAAAAUGGAAAGAAAUUGGGUAAGCACUAAAAUGGUUGAAUAAUUAGUGUAUAUUUAUGCGUGCCUGUUUCUAUCUCUCUCUCUCUCUUUCUCCACAGUUGAAAGUUGCCUUGUUCUUCAUUGUACAUGUAGUUCAUUGAAACAGCAGGACAUUUCAAACACAGAAAUUUUG